AUGGUGGUCCACAUGGUUGGCUCUCCGGCGGGCACCAUGGUGGCGGUGAUGGCCUUCCCUCUUGGUCGUGUGGGCGGCGAUAGGUGGAGCGACGGAUGGCUCAGUGUGCUCUCUGUCACCGGUAGUGGCGUCGCCCUGAUUCAGAUUUGGAGUUAUGACUUCGUCGCUCUUGUCCUGGAGACCACAUGCCCAGCGGCGAUGUUCACUUCCAAGCUGCAUAACCUGUGCCAAAAGCUGCGGUGGCCGGGGCCGGCCUACGCCGACCGGCGCGAGGGCCCAGACCACGCGCCGACUUUCCAUGCCACCGUGGCCGUCGGCCGCGCCGUGUUUCGCUCGCCGGCGGCACCCGGGCCCCGCACGCGCAACCAGGCGCGGGAUCUCGCCGCCAGGGCAGCCUUCGAGGUCCUCGCCGGCUGGGAAGCCCCUCCGCGGCUACAGAUACUGCCCGAAACGCAAGUUCCUUACAAGUGGCAGUUACAAGAUUAUGCUCAGAAGAGACAGAAAGAUUUACCAUUGUAUCACACCAUUCAGAGUGGUCCACUUCACCAGCCAAUGUUCAGGUCAACAGUCACCAUAGAUGGCCGCACCUUUGAAAAUCCGCAAGACCACAACACAAAAAAGAAGGCAGAAUCGGCUGCUGCGGCAGCUGCCCUAAUGGCAUUAGCCGACCAAGCAAAACCACGGGAGAAAAUGCUACUGGGACUCAAUUCAUGUAUUUCUUUGCCUGGAAUCCAAAUUAAUUAUAAGGUUCAGUUACACAUUUGUAGUGAAAAUUUUAAGAAAAAAACCUUGUUUUAG